AUGAUGAGCAGAAUAUUUAGAAGCAUUCCAAGUUCUUCGUUUGAUUACGUCUCUCUAGUUAUUUUUGUAGUUGCUUUGGUUGGUUAUCACGGUUGGAUAUGCCAGGCCAGAUGUUUCGUGAGACGUUUGAACUGCAAACAAAAAGAUGAAUGCUGUUGCGAUGAGCCAUCGAUGCAAACUACAUUCAACGACAUACCAUCCAGCAGAGCGUUUGUUUCAUGUUCCUGGAUUUGCUCCAACAACAGCCUGUGUCUGGCCUUCAAUUUCAAUCAGAAUUUCAAUACUUGUCAGUUGUUCUUUAUUGAUCGAUUGAAAUGUUUUCAAGAAAUGGUUGGAUGUCUCCACAUGCAUCGACCAGGUGUGUUCUAUCGCAACCUGACUAUAAACGCCGACGAUCAAAUCGUAUCGCUUUAUUUUGACGGGGUUCCUCAAAAGAGCCUGUCCUUCUGGAAGAACUACGCUGUAUUUGAUACUCAUUUGAUGGCUUUCGGUACCAAAGUUAUUGCAGUUCGUGCUGCGAACCUGAAUACUGGAAAGAGCAUAGUAGCCUACAGUGAUGAUGGUUACAUUCUAACCAACACAACGUGGAGAUGUUCCUCUGCGAUUCCAAAACUGGAUUCCAAGAACAACAGCUGGUACGAUGCCAACUACAAUGAUCAACGCUGGCCGCUUGCAAUUAACCAAGAUCCGAAAUUUAAUUUAAACGGAGCUCUAAAAAUCUGGUCGGAUAACUUUACCGAUGCUUUCUGCAGGAAGAAUAUAUGCGGCUAG